UUGUUGGCGGGUCAUUAUUCUUCUGAUGGUGAAAUUGAAAAGAAUGGAGAAAAUUUGAAACCUUAUUUUAAUUCAAUGGAGAACCAAAUGUGUUUUGAUUGCCUGGAAAGGCAAAUUCAAAGAGAUUUCUCAGAGAAAUUGAUGUUUUGUUAUGGGAUCUCUGAUUCAUCAUCACUUCUUCCUUUUGGAUUUAGGGCACUUAUUCAGGUUUCGGCUUCUAGUAAAGAAGCUCCUUGUCAGCUUAUACUAGUUUCUUUACCAAAUCAUCAAGAUCAUUGCUUAGAACAAUAUAUUGAUUCGUAUUUCUUAGAAAAUGAUGAAGACAAUAACAUACAUAGGAAUUCUGAUGUUAAUGUGGAAGUUCUCGGAAACAAAUAUGAAUGUGACACGAGGAGUUCGAAGGGGGGUGGGGUAGAAUGCAAUGGUUCUUGUCUUAGCUAUUCGAGUAAAUUUUCGUGUUUAAGGACAAUUACUGCAUUGGCAUCAGUAGCUGUUGUGGGUACCGGUUCGUUCUCUACUGUUGAAGACAUUUGUCAGAGAUAUGGGUCUUUGGAAGGUAACAUAUUGGACUCUCUUAAUUUACUCAUUGAAGGAAAACCGACAGGACGAGAUGGUGUAAAUUUUCUUAGUUUGGUUGGGAUGCCAAGUUUUGAUGAAAACCGAAUUCCUGGUUGUGUGAGACAUCCGAACAUGAUCCCUGUGCUAGGAAUGUUGAAAACACCUGGUUGUGUUAAUUUAUUGCUUCCUAAAACUCCUUACACGUUGGAAAAUAUUUUGCACUACAGCCCACAUGCGUUGAAGUCUGAGUGGCAUACUAGGUUUUUAAUUUAUCAAAUACUCUCUGCACUAGCUUACAUUCAUGGUUUAGGCGUUGCUCAUGGUGAUAUAUGUCCUUCCAGUAUAUUUUUGAACAGUUCAUGUUGGUCUUACCUGAGCAUGUGGGAUAAGCCUCGGUUACAAGGUAAAUCGGGCGCUACAAGUAUACCAUCUACAGUUUCUCCUUGUUGUGCUGAGGAUUGCCCUUGUCCAGAUCUCUAUGCUGAUUUGAAGCUGACAUCAGAUGCAGACUGGCAGUCAGAUUUCAAAAGGUGGUGGAGUGGCAAGCUGAGUAACUAUGAGUACUUACUUAUCUUGAAUAGGUUAGCUGGAAGGAGGUGGGGAGAUCACACGUUUCACACGGUUAUGCCUUGGGUAAUAGAUUUCAGUGUGAAACCCAAUGAGAGUUCCGAUGCAGGUUGGCGGGAUUUAAGGAGGAGCAAGUGGCGAUUAGCAAAAGGUGAUGAGCAGUUGGAUUUCACGUAUUCGACAUCUGAGAUGCCGCAUCAUGUUUCAGAUGAAUGUCUUUCCGAGCUUGCUGUAUGUAGUUACAAGGCAAGGAGAUUGCCUUUAAGUGUAUUGCGUACAGCCGUUCGUUCUGUCUAUGAGCCCAACGAGUAUCCAUCGAAUAUGCAAAGACUGUACCAGUGGACUCCAGAUGAGUGUAUUCCAGAAUUCUACAGUGAUCCUCGUAUCUUCACUUCUCUUCAUUCAGGUAUGAGUGAUCUGGCCGUGCCUUCAUGGGUAAAUAGUCCUGGUGAAUUUAUCAAACUGCAUCGAGAGGCAUUAGAGAGCAGUAGGGUAUCAAGGCAGAUCCAUCAUUGGAUCGAUAUCACCUUUGGUUACAAGAUGUCAGGUCAAGCAGCUGUUACUGCAAAGAAUGUCAUGCUGCCAUCAUCUGAGCCCAUGAUGCCGAGGUCAACAGGACGACGCCAGCUCUUCAAUCGACCACACCCAAUGCGGAAAAUGAAUAAACUUGAGUAUGAGAAGCCACUCCUUCUGGAAACAGCUUAUUUGCAGGAUUUGGAGGCUGCAGCAUCAUUUUCUCAACAUGAAAGCUAUUUGAGUCCAAUUUAUCACAGCCAUCAUGGAACUAGUAUGAGUGAUGCCCUAUAUGCAGAGGAACCAGAAGGUGAGAACUAUAAGAUUGAGACAUCCUGUAGCAACAAUUUUGUAGAGUCGUCCAAUAUCAAUUUAAACACACUCCUUGAGUAUUUUGAGGAGGAUGACAGUGGUUCCAUGGGAUUUCAAGAGUUAUUACUUUGGAGGAAGAAGACGACUUCUUUGGUUCCACAAUCUAAAGAUGUUGCAGAUGAUAUAUUCUCUAUUGGGUGCGUGAUAGCAGAACUUUAUUUGAAAAAGCCACUCUUUGACCCAACCUCAUUGGCUGCAUACUUGGAGAGUGGUGUUUUACCUGGAUUGAUGCAGGAAAUCCCUCCUCACACUGCAUUACUUGUUGAAGCAUGUAUACAGAGAGAUUGGAAGAGGAGGCCCUCGGCAAAGUGCAUUCUGGAAUCACCUUACUUUUCCUCAGCAAUGAAGUCAUCCUAUUUGUUUCUUGCUCCACUUCACCUUUUAGUGGAAGGCGGGUCCCAUCUACUGUAUGCUGCGAAAUUGGCAAGAAAAGGAGCUUUGAAAGCAAUGGGACCAUUUGCUGCUGAAAUGUGUGCUCCCUAUUGCUUACCGCUUGUUCUAACUUCUUUGUCCGAUGCUGGUGCUGAGUCAGCAUUUAUGUUGUUGAAAGAGUUCUUAAAGUGCUUGAAACCCCAGGCGAUAAAGACGCUAAUGGUGCCUACCAUUCAGAAAAUUAUUCAGGCUGCAGACUAUUCGCAUUUAAAGGUAUCUCUCCUCCAAGACUCAUUUGUGCGAGAAGUGUGGAACCGGAUCGGUAAACAAGCAUACCUGGAGACAUUACAUCCAUUAGUAAUUGGAAAUUUAUCUGUUUCACCACAUAAGAACUCGUCGUCUGCUGCUUCUGUGCUGCUGAUUGGCUCUAGCGAAGAGCUUGGGGUACCUGUUACUGUUCAUCAGACUAUAUUGCCUCUAAUUCAGUGUUUUGGAAAAGGGCUGUGUGCUGACGGAAUUGAUGUCCUGGUUAGAAUUGGUGGGCUUUUGGGAGAGAACUUUGUUGUUGGGCACCUCAUACCGUUACUGAAGAAUGUUAUUCUUUCCUGUAUCAAUGUUUCAAGUAAAGAUAAACCUGAGCCUAUGCAGAACUGGAACGCUUUAGCCCUUAUUGAUAGUCUAGUCGCUUUGGAUGGCCUGGUUGCAAUUUUGCCGAUAAAUGUUGUUGUUGAGGAGCUUGUUCGAGAAGAAAAAUGCCUCCAGGUUAAGGUUCUUAAGCAAUCUCAUUUGGACCUACCGGUGCUUCAGAUUGCCGCUACAACACUCAUUGACGUUUGUCAACGGAUUGGGACAGAGCUUACCACUUCACAUAUUCUUCCUCAACUGAAAGAGCUAUUCGAUGAACUUGCAUUUUCUCAGGGAACUGUAGUUGGUUCUAGUUCUCAAUUUAGAAGUUUGAAGGUGUCCAAAUCAAAACUAGAUGAAAAUGUUCAAAUGGAAAGCCGUAUGGAUCUUGUGUUACUUCUUUAUCCUACCCUUGCUUCUCUUCUUGGUAUAGAGAAACUUCGUCAGUGCUGUGCUACGUGGUUGCUUCUGGAGCAAUUUCUUCAACGUUCUCAUAACUGGAAGUGGGAAUAUACAGGGGAAGCAUCUAAAAGCGGUGCAGAAAAUAUAAAUGCUCAAAGGUCACUUUUCAGCAAGAUUCCAUCAUCUGAUUAUAGUCCAGCUAAACUACUGCUCAAUGGGGUUGGAUGGUCAAUUCCACAAUCACAGGCGGUUAGAGGUCCAAAGAACUCGACGAGUAAUAAACUAUUGGAUGAUACUCAGCGCGGUUCAUUAGUCAGGCCAAUAGCCGCAUCAAAUCCUGGAAACGGUGAACCUUGGUUCUGGUUCCCUAGUCCGGCUGGUAGUUGGGAUGGACCUGAUUUUCUUGGUCGCAUUGGCGGACUAAAAGAUGAGCUCCCAUGGAAAAUAAGGGCAUCUAUUAUGUACUCUGUACGUGCACAUCCUGGAGCUUUGAGAUCUUUAGCUGUUUGCCAUGAUGAAAGUACAGUUUUCACUGGAGGGGUUGGUCCGGGGUUCAAAGGGACAGUUCAGAAGUGGGAAUUAUCAAGAGUGGAUUGUGUGGCUGGUUAUUAUGGUCACGAGGAGGUUGUCAAUGACAUUUGUGUUCUUUCUUCUAGUGGAAGGAUAGCAUCUUGCGAUGGAACCAUACAUGUAUGGAAUUGUCAAACUGGAAAGCGGAUCAGUGCGUAUGCUGAACCGUCCACAAAUUCUUCACACCUUAUGAGCUCUUCAUCCACGGCUUCAAAGACUAAUUCAGACCAUAAUAAUAUGCUUACCUCCAGUACAGUAUCUGGAGGAAUUUUUUCUAGUGGAUUUGGUUCGAGUUUGUACACCUGCAUGCAUCAUUUGGAAUUUGCUGACAAACUUGUUGCUGGUACUGGGAAUGGUUCACUGAGGUUCAUUGACGUUGCUCGUGAUCAGAAGCUUCAUCUUUGGAGGAGUGAAUCAGUUGAAUCCUCUUUCCCUUCUCUCGUUUCUGCAAUUUGUUCAUGUGGGUCUGACAGAACACUAGCCGAUAAAGCUGGUAUAUCACCUUCUUGGGUUGUUGCUGGACUUAGUUCAGGUCAUUGCAGGCUGCUUGAUGCAAGAAGUGGAGGUGUUAUUGCUUACUGGCGGGCUCAUGAAGGAUAUAUCACCAAGUUGGCUUCACCAGAGGACCAUCUAGUUGUUUCGAGCUCUCUUGAUAAGACUUUGAGAGUUUGGGACCUCAGAAGGAACUGGCCAUCCCAGUCUAAUGUUUUUAGAGGUCACUCGGAUGGUGUCUCAGGCUUCUCUGUGUGGGGUCAAGAUAUUAUUUCAAUCAGUCGGAAUAAGAUUGGUCUUUCCUCCUUGUCUAGAUCAGGGAAUGAUAGUGGAGAAGGGCAUGUUUCGUCACAGAACUUGUUUAUGAUGGAUCGGGGGGUGAGAAACUUGUCAGUACUAUCUAGUAUAAGCAUUCUCCCUUUCUCUAGACUGUUUCUUGUGGGAACUGAAGAUGGUCAUCUCAAGAUAUGUAGUUAGAUUCCAUUGUUUCUCCCUUUCUCUAGGCAUUUGAUGCUGUAAAAAAAUAGUGUAUUUAUGUAUAGAUAAUUCGUGGUAAAAAACUAGAAUGAAUGAAUUAACAGAACAUAAAAUUUCUUUACAAUUUUCAGUUUCUCAGA